AUGGAAAAACAAGAAGAAGAGGUUCAACAACAACAACAACAACAACAACAGCAACAGCAACCUGAUAAAAAUAAUAAAGAAACUAUAACAUGGGAUGUAGCAGAGUAUGGUGGUUAUUUAUUUGAUAAAAAAUUAAAAGCACAUAAUCCAUUAAACCACCAAAUGCCAUUGCAAUAUCACCAUUCCCAAUCAACACCACACAUUCCAUCAUCAUUAUCAACAUCAUCAACAACAUCAAUUAAAAAACCAUCCUCUUCAUUAUCAGAUGAUGAAAGUGGUGGUAGUUCAUCUUCAACACCUCAUUCAAGCAAUACACCAAGAAAACAAUUUUCAUUUGAUGAUCAUUGUGCUCUCAUAUUAGCAAAUCAAAAAUUACCAAAGAAAUUAGUCGAUUACUUUUGGGAUAAAUGUAGCGUUAGAAUUUGUGCAGAUGGAGGAGCAAAUAGAUUAUAUUCAUUAGGUACUAAAAUCAAUCAAUCAAGUAGAUGGAUUCCAGAUUAUAUAAAAGGAGAUUUAGAUUCACUUCAUGAAGGUGUUUCUGAUUUCUUUAGUAAAAAAGGUUCAUCCAUUGUCUUGGAUUCAAGUCAAGAUACUUCUGAUCUUCAAAAAUGUUUUGAAUUAAUUAUUGAUUUAGAAAAAGGUAGUGGUAUAAAGUAUAGAAAAAUAUUUAUUUUAGGGGGAUUGGGCGGUUCAUUCUCUCAUGAAUUUGCAAAUGUAAAUACUCUUUUUGAUCAUCCUGGUAGAAAAAUUAUAUUAGCUUCAAAGGAUAAUCUUGCUUGGCUCUUAAGUUCAACAUACAAUCAUAAUAUCAUUUGUCGUAGUGAAACAAAAUGUUCUUUAAUUCCAUUAUCAUCAAAAGCUUCCCAAGUAACAACCUCUGGUUUAAAAUGGAAUUUAGUUAAACAAAGUUUAAAUUUUGGUGAAUUAAUUAGUACUUCAAAUGUAUCUUUGGAUAAUAAAGUUUGCGUUGAAACUUCAAAUCCACUCAUCUUUAUUGUUGAUAUUAAUCCAUAA